AGUGCCCACCGGACAAAACCACCACUUGCAGUCGUCUUCCCCACGCGCGCCCAGAUCCAAGCCCUCCGCCAUGGCUCCCACGGCGCCUUCGCCGGCGAAGUCCGCCUCCCCGUCCCAACCAUCCGGCAAGAGCGAGGUGUCGGAUCUGAAGCAGCAGCUGCGGCAGCUGGCGGGGAGCCGUGCACCAGACGCUGAUGAUCAGCGCCGGGAUGUCUUCAAGCGGGUGAUCUCUUGCAUGACCGCAGGUAUCGACGUCUCGGCGGCGUUCGGGGAGAUGGUGCUCUGCUCCGCCACCUCCGACGUUGUGCUCAAGAAGAUGUGCUACCUCUACGUCGGUGUCCAUGCGCGCGCCCAUCCGGACCUCGCCCUCCUCACCAUCAACUUCCUCCAGCGCGACUGCCGCGACCAGGACCCCACCAUCCGCGGCCUUGCUCUCCGCAGCCUCUGCUCCCUCCGCGUUCCAAACCUUGUCGAGUACCUUGUUACGCCGCUCACCACAGGGCUGAAGGACCCUAGUGCCUACGUUCGGAUGGUCGCUGCUGUUGGUGCUGCAAAGCUGUAUCACAUAUCUGCUACCACCUGCCUCGACGCUGACCUGCCUGCUGCGCUCAAGGCACUUAUGCUCUCGGACCCUGAUGCUCAGGUGGUUGCCAAUUGCUUGCAUUCACUGCUUGAGAUAUGGACCCUAGAAGCUGCCAAUUCAGAGGCAGCAGGGAGGGAGAUUGAGACACUAUAUAGCAAGCCAGUGGUGUUUUACUUGCUAAACAAAAUCAAAGAAUUCAGUGAGUGGGCACAGUGCCAUGUUCUUGAGUUGGCGUCAAAGUUCCUACCAUCUGAUAAUAAUGAAAUAUUUGACAUAAUGAACCUGCUUGAGGAUAGACUUCAGCAUGCAAAUGGAGCUGUUGUUUUGGCAACAAUCAAAGUGUUUCUCCACUUGACGAUGUCAAUGACCGAUGUUCACCAGCAGGUUUAUGAACGCAUAAAGGCACCUUUGCUUACUCUGGUAGGUGCUGGGAGUCCGGAGCAAUCAUAUUCAGUGCUAUGUCAUCUGCAUCUUUUGGUGAUGCGUGCUCCCAUGUUAUUUUCUUCCGACUACAAAAGUUUCUACUGCCAGUUUAGUGAUCCUUCGUAUGUGAAGAAGCUGAAACUUGAGAUGUUGACUGCUAUAGCAAAUGAGAGCAACACCUAUGAAAUUGUAACCGAGCUGUGUGAAUACGCUGGAAAUGUUGAUGUACCAAUUGCAAGAGAGUCUAUCAGAGCAGUUGGAAAAAUAGCUCUGCAGCAAUAUGAUGUGAAUGCUAUCGUUGAUAGGCUUCUACAAUUUCUUGAAAUGGACAAGGAUUAUGUGACUGCUGAGACUCUUGUCUUGGUGAAAGAUCUCUUGAGGAAAUAUCCCCAAUGGAGCCAUGAUUGUAUAGCUGUUGUUGGAAAUAUUAGUAGUCAAAAUAUUCAAGAGCCAAAAGGCAAAGCAGCUCUCAUAUGGAUGUUGGGUGAAUAUUCUCAAGAUAUGCAUGAUGCUCCAUAUGUUCUUGAAAAUAUCGUUGUGAACUGGGAUGAGGAGCAGUCUCCCGAGGUUCGUUUGCAUCUUCUGACUGCGGUGAUGAAAUGUUUCUUUAAGAGACCACCAGAGACACAGAAGACAUUAGGGGCUACAUUAGCUGCUGGUCUAGCUGAUACUCACCAGGAUGUUCAUGACCGAGCACUUUUCUACUACAGGCUUUUACAAUAUGAUCCGGCUGUAGCUGAGCGUGUAGUAAACCCUCCGAAGCAAGCUGUCUCUGUAUUUGCAGACACACAGAGCAGUGAAAUCAAAGAUCGGAUAUUUGAUGAAUUUAACAGCCUAUCAGUUGUAUAUCAGAAGCCCUCUUACAUGUUUACCGACAAGGAACAUCGUGGAACAUUUGAAUACUCAGAAGAUCUUGCAAACUUAACUGUUGGGGCAGAGGCUCCAGAAACUGUCAUUUCUGCCCAAAGAUACCAAGAAAACGAUAAUGAUCUUCUGCUAAGUACUUCAGAUAAAGAGGACAACGGUAUAAGAAGUAGCAAUGGUUCUUACACCUCUACAUACAAUGCUCCUUCCGACUUGCUCAGUUCGCAAACACCAGCUGAAACUGCACUAAUAAAUCCUGGUAGUUCGACAUAUUCAACACAAACAAACUUCAGUCUCGAUGAUCUUCUUGGACUUGGUGUUCCUGAUACCCCAGCACCUCCACCGCCUCCUGCACUGGCCCUCAACUCAAAGCCUGUGCUAGAUCCUCCGACUUUCCAGAAGAAAUGGGGCCAACUAGCAUUAUCCUUUUCUCAGGAAUGCUCUUUAAGUCCACAAGGAGCAGCUUCUUUGAUGAAUCCCCAAUCGCUCAUUCGUCAUAUGCAAAGCAACUACAUUCAAUGCAUUGCUUCAGGCGGUCAGCCUCCAAAUUACAAGUUCUACUUUUAUGGUCAGAAAGCUGGGGCUGCUGCCGUCUACCUUGUAGAAUGCAUUGUGAACACAGCAUCAGCGAAGGCCCAGCUCAAAAUUAAGGUCGAGGAUGGGACUACUGCUGACGCAUUUUCUACUUUGUUUCAAUCAGUAUUGUCCCAAUUUGGGCGUUCUUGAUUGUGAGCAUUUUCCGUCUUGGUGAUGCAUCUGGCUCCUGCUUUUCUGGCUCUGCCACAAUAUCUCUGCAAUCCACUACUUUAACCUCCAAGCAAAGCCUUCCCGUACAUCUUUCUAUCAGAAGCUUGGAGCAGGUGAAAUUUGCCGUUCACCUCCCAGUGAUAUGCAAGUACCAUCAGACCAUUAGAUUUUGCAGGGAUAAGACACUGGGGUUGUUUUUUUUUGGGAUUUCUUUUGGUGGGUGAAGUGACUAGCACUGUACAUUACUAUACAAUUUCAUUCAGUCAUCUGGUGAAGCGGCCAAUUUCUUCAGGGUAAUGGUGGUUUAGAUGGUGUGUAACCUUGUUACUGGACUGGAGAUGAAUACCACCUCCGCUGAUGUGGAGAGAAUAGAUGGACAUCUGUAAUUUAUUUGCAGGGUGCAAUAAAGCAAGAGUAUAUUCGACUUGUA